CUCCUUCGGGUCCGCCCGCCCGGCCCCACCUUCUGCCGCGCCGACCCGCUCCUCGGCCGCCCGUGUCGUCGUCGCCGAGAGUCGCGUCGCCACCUGCGGGCGGGGGAGCGGGCGCCCGGCCGAGGCCGGAAGCUGCAGCGGGGCUGCGGCCGGGAUGGCGCACCAGGCCACAUUCACAGCAGAGCAUUUUGGCGACACAGUCGACUCCCAUCUGAUUGCUGUUGCUCCUUCGCCUGCUCCCGUGUGUCAGAUGCCCACCACAUGCUGGAUGCGCCCCACUCCUUUGUGUGUGCCUGACCUGGAUGGGAUGGAACCAGCCAACUCCCCCGAGGUUGUGCCCACAGGUGUCCAUCGCCUUCCAGGACCUGGCCGUGCGGUUCUCUGAGGAGGAGUGGCAGCUGCUCGGGGAGAGGCAGAGGGCACUUUACCGGGAUGUGAUGCAGGAGAACUACCAGGCGCUGGCCUCCCUGGGGACAGCUGACCUGCUCCCCCUCUCUGCCUUCCUGUCUCCCGCGGAGCCUGGAGGAGCCAUGAGCCGGAGCAAAGCUGGUGAGGAGCAGGAGCCUCCUGAGGGAGGUGCCCUAGCAGGAGGAGCACCCCAGCACAGCCUGCACCUCAGCGCCCUGGUGCAGCUGGUGAAGGAGAUUCCGGGGUUCCUGUUUGGGGAAAUCGGACCCGAGAACGGGAGAGCCGGCCUGGAUGGGGAACAGGCGAACCCUGAAGCACCUGUGACGGUAGCCACUUGCCCUCUCCAAGGCCUGCCCACCUGCCUUCCAGACAUGCCCGUCCACUGGCCCAGCAGCAGCUCAUCGUCCAGCAGCUCACCGGGAGCCAGGAGGCAGGGCAGUCCCCUGCCCAUCAAAACUGCAGACACCCAGGGGCCUACGGAGAAGGAAGGCCCUGGAGCCCCAGGUGGGAAGUGCAGUCCUCUCAUCUGUAGCCCCAGCAGAAGGAAGAGCCACAGCAAACAGCAGAGAGGAACUUCAGGAGCAGGCCCCACAGGAACCUCUCCCGGGAGCAGCCCCUUGCAAGGCCUCAUCAACUGCCUGAAGGAAAUCCUUGUGCCCGGGCCCCAGCACCCUGAGGCAUCCCCGAGCUUACCGCCUCCUGCCCCGGGCCUGGGCAUGUCACCACUAACCCGGGUGGAGCUGGGACCUGGGAGCCCUCCCUGGGGAGUGAAAACAGAGCCUGUGUCCGGGGAUUGUCCCCUCCAGGGGCUGCUGAAGUGUCUGAAGGAGAUCCCAGUGGCCCAGGACAUGCACCCCAGCCCUUCGGGAGCCGGGGAACCACAGCUGCAGGGGGAUCCGGGGGCCUGGAAGAGGAAUUCUGGAGGGCCUAAACCCCUCCAGACUCUGCCUUCCUGCUCUGGUGCCGGCGCUGGCCAUGUGCUCUCUGUGAAGAUGGAGAAGAUGGAGGAUGGCUGGGCCCAGAGCCCCCCAGUGCCUGCAUCCUGUCGGCUCCGCAAGCGGACCCACAGACCGUCUGCCACCAGCAGUCCCGGGGGUGAUGGAGACACCAGUGGGGACCAGAUACUCAGAUGGGGCCCCACAGCGCAAGCCAGCAGUGCCUCGAGCUCACCUCUGGAAGCCCUGGAGGCCUGUCUGAAGGGCAUUCCCCUGAGUGGGUCGUUACCUCCCCAGCCGCCGCCGCCGGCCACCUCUUGGUUCCAGAGCCCCCAUCCGGGAGACCCCGGGUCUCAGAGGCCUGAGCUGAACCCCCGAGGAUCACACAGUCAAGGACUGACUGCGGGGCCUCUCCCGGCUCUGGGCCUGCAGGGCUUCGUCAGAGAUUGCCCUGCCCUCGCCCCAGGUCCCCACAGCACCCCCACCAGCUUCUCCUCAUCCAGCAGUACCGACGGGGACCUGGAUUUCCAGGUCUCUGAGGGCAGCCAGGGACGUAGGCCUGGAAGAGGAAUUCCAGUCCGUAGCGCCCCACUCCAGGGCCUGGAGAAUUGUCUCAGAGAGAUACCUGUGCCCAGGUCACAGCCUACCUGGUCCUGGUCCUCGGCAGGGGACAGAGAACCACAGAGAGUGGAGCCCAAGAACUGGAUGGCAGACAAGGAAGAGCCCUGGGGCAGACAGGCUGCUGGGCCUCUCAUCAAAACAGGCCUGAGGAGAGAGGCGUGUGAACCAGUCCACCUCAGGGGGGACGUGCCCACCAGGAGCCUGCAGCCAGCCAGCCCACAGGCACUCACCCCUAGCCGUGUCCCUGCCUGCUGCCAGCGAGGGCUCAAAGACCAUGUGGCCGCCAGGCCAGGACCAUGGAGGUGGCUCCAGGACGGAGCAACCACCACGCCCUCCCCUCUUCACUGCCUGGAGAACUCUCUGAAGGGGAUCUUGCCUGGGAGGCCACUGCGCUUCACAUGCUUGGCCCGCCCUGGCCCCGGCCUCAGCCCUAGUCCCAGCCCCGGUCCUGGCCCCGGCACCGUCACUGGCUCCAGCUCCAGCUCCAGCCUCAGCAGCUCAGAAGGGGAAGACCCAAAGAUGGAGCCUGAGCUUUGGCAGCCUCUCCUGCAGGAGAAGGACCCUCUACCCAGCAACAAGAGUCCUGGCCCUCCGACCCCAAGCCCCGGUGAAGGCCCAAGGAGAACAGAGCCCAGGGACCACUUUGGUCUCAGGACAGGAAACGCGGAGGAGAAGACGGGAGGCAGGCCUCAGGUUCCCCGGACAGAAGUGUGCCUGGAGACCCUGGGCCGGCCUAGCCCCCUGGGCAGCACCCAAGGAGGGGCAGCUGAGAGUACCUGCCCUGCCCCUCGGCCAGAGAAAAGGCCCGGGCCGGGGCCCUGCCAGACUCCUGGGUCACCCCCUCAGCCCCUGUCCUGGAAGCUCAGGGUUAGUGAAGAAUCCAGGGGCCUGGUGCCUGGACACAGAGGACCAAGUGUUACAGCCGGGACCGAGGGGAGGCCACUUACCCGAGGCCUGCCUGCACCGCCUCCCCUGGCCCCGGACCCGCCUGCUGUGCCACCUGCCUCCCCACGGCCGCCGUGUCCCUGUGGGAGUUCUCUGCAGCAGGAGCUCCGCAGCCUCAGCGCCACCCUCUCGGAGAAGCUGGAUCAGCUCGCCUCGGCCCUGGCAGGCCUGUCUCAGGAAGUGGCCACCAUGAGGACCCAAGUGGAUCGGCUAGGAAGGUGCCCUAGGGGCCCUGGAGCAAAGGGCCAGGCUUCCUGGCGGUGGGCCCUCCCCCGGAGACCUCACUGGGCUCAUGGCCCUGCUCGCCGACGCCUGCUCUACUGGAGACAGAAGGGCCCUGCCAGGCCAAAGCCAAAGAUCCUCCGUGGCCAGACGGAAGGCUGCAGGGCUGGCGAGGCCUCAGGCCUCUCCCUUGGGACGCUCCACCUGGUGCCUCAGCUGCCCCCAGGCGCCCCCCAGGCAGAACCUUCUGGAACCAGCUCCAGCCCUUCCCAGCACCCACCAUCCUCAGCAUGCAGCCAUGCUGUGCUCACUGUGCACCCCCGGCUUGGACACAUUGGGGGCCCCCAGACUCCCCCCGCCCCUUCAGUGCCUGCUGCCUUCCCCCCACAGAUGGCCUCUCCUGCCACCAGUGCAGACGCAGAGCCACCAGCUGCAGCAGCUGCUCCCACUGGGCCCCGAAACUGGCCCAAGGACCCAAACAGCUUAUUGGUGGGAGUCCAGAGAGGCCUUGAGGAGGAACUCUGGGACGGUGGAGAACAUAGGGACCCGAGGUGGGAGGCCUCUAACCACCUUCAUCAGCUCCGCCCUGAGGAUGCCCUGCCCCUGGCUGCCUCUCCUAGGGACCAGUCAGCCCCUGCACAUCUUUCAAACCAAACUUUCCCCAUCUCUGGGCUGUGAAGAGCUAGGCAUCUCUCUUGGCUUGACUGCCCCAGACUCCAGGAUAUGUUUGCUCGGGGUGGGGGUGGGGGGCUAUUGCUUGGGAUGCAUUCCUCAGCCUCUGUCCUUGGCUCAGGUUCAUUCAGAUGUUGCUCCCUCCCGUCUUUGCCAUCAUAACUGCCACAGCUCACAGGCAGAUGGUGGCAUAUGCACCUGUGCACAGCACAUGUGCCUGGGGAGCUCCAAGUGGCUAUCCUUCCCGCACUCAGUGGCUCUCCCUUUCCUGCUAAAUAGGCAGAGAUUUCAUUUGGAGAGAAUGCCACUUCUUGGUCUAAGUUAGAUUCUAAAAUUACAAAGUUAAUUGCUAAGGGAAAGGCCCUUGGUGCCUACAGAAAGGGGCUGGGUGGUCCACACCAGGGCGUGGUUGACUGAUUUGUAUCAGUCCUGGGACAAGUGAGCUUGGCCGAGAAGAAUACUUGUCCCCAGACCAGUCUAGGUGGUCCAUGUCCAAUCAGAACCUACAGGAAGUUCAAAUAUUUUUGUAUGUGUGGAAAAGAAGUAAUAAAGUGAAUGGUAAGAUGCUUCAUCAUCUGCAGUUACAUUUGUCCCACAGGUCCUCUGCCUUCCCAGAACCUUUCAGUUCACUGAAAGCCUAGAAUCUACGUUGGUGAAAAAUCUGUGCACAGUUCAGGAUUUGGGAGUGUGUUCAACACUUUCCACCUACUUUAUGGGGAAAUGUCACUUUGGUGGGAGAAACUGGGGGGCCUUUUUUAACUCAGGAAUUCCAUAGGUCUGGAGGUGGGGAGCAUAGAAGGCUCUUGCUUGACCUGUCACCAUCCUGGCAAGUAGCCUGGAGGAUGGCUCCUGGCUGACCUGGGUUUGAACUUCCCUCCAUCCUUGUUCCAUCAGCCACUUGCCAGCAUGAGUCCACCGUAAGGCAGGAAAGGGAAGGUCCUAUUUCAACCUGUCGGAAUCAGUGUGGGACCCCCAGGGGCUCCAGGCUAGCCCAGAGGGGGGCCAUGGAAGAGAAGCUGCAGUGAGGGUGGGAGGGUGCCACAGUCUUCUGCCUGUGAUGCUCCAUGUCAUUGCUGCCUCCAUAAGGAGCUUGGUUCAGUGGCAGACUAGACUUGGUUCAACUGUGUAUGUCUUUGUGUUUUAGAUGUGGCUUCUGUAAACAGCCUAUAGUCGGAUUUUAUUUUUUAAUCCAACUUGACAAGUUCCUUGUUCCUUCAGUGGAGCCCUGGAUCCAUUUAACUGUAAUAAAAUUUCUAACAUUUGAA